AUGGUGCCUACGGCGUCUCCAAAUUUGACCAGCUGCGUCGGUCGUCCUCCUGACGAAGACAAUCGCGUGUUGAUAACACUCACGUUCUUUAACGUUCCACGCGCCAGUUGGAAUGGCAAGCCACACUCCUACAUAGUGUCUGCCUACACAUCCGCUAAUGAUAACACUGAGGGUGCCUUAAAUUUGCUUGCAACAGACAAAAUUACAUUGGAAGAGUCAGAGUUUUAUGAAGACAAUAAGCAGAUAGAAGAAGUGGCUUUUUUUUCAGAUCACGUCAAUAGCAGUUUGAGAGAUUUGAGUAUCUGUCUUGCCGCUACCAAUGGUGAAGGGCAAGGACCAUGCAGUCAAGGUUGCUGGUUCAGUAUUCCAAGUACGCCUGUCGGCGGUAAGGAAAGCGGUAGUAGCAGUAGCAGCAUUGUGGGUAUCGUCCUUGGUGUCGUGGUUCCUGUCGUGGUUCUCAUCGUUCUACUUGUGUUGGUUAUUUUCCUCUGGAGACGGCAUCAAUCUUCCAAGCGUGGUCUGCCUGGGAAAUUCCAAAUGAGCCAGUAUGUGAAAAGCAACUCCUUCAGCACAACUCAUUGGCUUUCAGACUGGCCAGACUACAGGCAACUGGAAUUCGAUCGAACAAAACUGGAAAUCACAGGCGAUCUAGGAGAAGGAGAGUUUGGUAAAGUGCAUCUUGCUGUUGCAACAGGCAUCGUACAUGCUGAGGAGAAAACAAAAGUAGCUGUCAAGACACUUAAAGGGGGUAGCUCACGGGAAACAGCGGCAGACUUCAGGAAAGAACUGGAGAUCUUGAUGGAGUUUAAUCAUCCACAGAUCAUUACUCUUCUUGGCGUCUGUACAAAAGAGGAACCACUCUAUAUCAUUACAGAACUAAUGACGAAAGGUGAUUUGAAGGAGUUAGUUUGCAAAGCCCGACCUAGUGAACAAAAUCCUAUUUCCGGCCUAUCUCUCCUUCAAUUGUUAGACAUUUGCAGUCAGGUUGCAUGUGGAAUGGCCUAUCUUGCUUCUCUCCGGUUCGUUCAUCGUGACAUUGCUGCUCGAAACUGUUUGGUCGGAGGUGAAGACAGUGAGUUGGUAGUAAAGGUGGCUGAUUUUGGAAUGGCCAAGGACGUUUACCAGAGUGAUUACUACAAGAACAGAGGAGGCAGUCUGCCACUACGUUGGAUGGCUCCAGAGGCUAUCACAGAUGGGAGGUACACGGUAUAUUCUGAUAUUUGGUCAUUUGGCGUGUUGAUGUGGGAAGUUUUCUCCUUUGGUUAUCAACCAUACUUUGGUGUGGAGAAUGAACGGGUACUUGGAGGCGUUAUUAGUGGGAAAUUGCACUUGCUGUGUCCUCCGGCUUGCCCAGCCGUUGUUUACGAUCUUAUGGGUCGCUGCUGGCAGAAGAAACCGGAAUGGAGAAUCUCAGCUGAAGAAUUGUCAAAAGAAAUACUCAAAAUCGUGCAGUUGCGCAAGAAAGGCGGCGAAGAGAAUAUGCAAGCCCAGAGUGCUGACUGUUUCCAAACAUCUAAGCAAUCUCAAUCAAUGACAAAGGAUUCUUUAAAAGUUGGAGGGAUGACACUACAUGGGACAGCGAAACCCUUGAGCUAUGUGGACAUGACGGGCACAUUACCGAGAGAGAACAAGCACGAGAGUGGAUGUGAAUGGAUGACUGCCGAAACCGUGAAGAAAGAAGAGGGCUACGUGGACAUGGCUAACGCACCGCUGCGAGAAGGAACCCAAGAGAUCACGAGGGAAGCUAGUAUGACACCUCGCGAGGGAUCGUUCAAGCAAAGCUAUGUGGAAAUGGAUAAAAGUCACGCUACUAAUGCGAUCCAGCUGCCAGGUAAAACUGAUUAUAUCAACGUUGGGGGAAUGAGCUCCUUGCCAGGACAGGAGACUGAACAGAAUCCAGAAGAUGAUACAAUUGCGGUCACUCUGAAUACCUCUACUUCACCAGAGCCUGCUUACUAA